AUGGUAGAACCAGUGGAAAAAAGAAGAAAGGUUGAACAAGAUACGGUGCCAGUAAGUGGGAAUGGGAAAACCAAUGUAAGAAAAUCCAAGGUGUUUAGUCCCUUCAGAGUUUUGGGAAAUGUAUCUAAUGAUGUUCCAUUUGCGUUAGGAACUUUAGGUUCAACGUUUUAUGUGGUGACUUCUGUGGGUCACUCCUUCCAGAUCUACGAUGUGGCUACGUUACAUUUGUUGUUUGUGUCACAAUCCCAAACUCCUUCCAAGAUCACGGCUUUGGCAGCUCAUUACCAUUAUGUAUUCUGCGGUCAUGGCAGCAAAAUCGGAAUCUAUAGAAGAGGAAGGUUAGAAGAAACGUUGGAAUGUCCAACCCAAUCAGUGAUCCAUAACAUCCUUACUUUUGGUGAGUUUUUAGUGGCUACAUCUAGGGCCGGUGAAAUAUUCACGUUCAAGAAAUCAGGAAAGAAAUAUCCAAGUGAACUUCACAGCUCUUUAUACUCCAUAAACAACAGCAUUCAUGGAGAAAUUGUUGGGAUUGUACACCCUCCAACAUACCUAAACAAAGUGGUGGUGGCCACCACCCAGCAUAUUUUUGUGUUGAAUGUCAACACUGGUAAAAUGUUAUUCCAGUCACCCGAAGACCAAAUCGACGAUGAUAACAUAUCAACUAUCGAAUACGCUCCAGUAUUGGAUGUUAUUGCCAUAGGCACAGUCAAAGGUGGAGUAUAUUUGUACAACAUCAAAAAGGGAAAAGUGAUUAGUUCCAGAAUCACUGCUGCUGAUGAGGCCAGUGGAACCAAGGUGGUAUCUUUAUCAUUCAGAACUGACGGUUCACCCCAUUUGGUCGCUGGUUUGAGUAAUGGAGAUUUAUUCUUCUACGAAUUGGAGAAGAAGUCCAGAAUCCAUAUCUUGAAGAACGCACAUAAAGAAAGCUAUGGUGGAAUUGCCAAUGUCAAGUUCUUGAACGGUCAAUCGAUUGUUGUAAGUAACGGAGGAGAUAACAGCUUAAAAGAGUUUGUGUUUGAUCCAACUAUUUCGACUACAAAUUCCUCGGUUAUUUCACCACCUCGUCAUCUCCGUUCCCGUGGAGGUCAUUCAGCUCCCCCGGUUAAUAUCGAGUUCCCACAAGAGAACAAAUCUCAUUUCAUUCUCAGUGCCUCCAGUGACCGGUCAUUUUGGUCUUUCUCUUUAAGGAAGGAUGCCCAAGCUCAAGAGAUGUCUCAAAGAGAACAGAAGUCUCAGGACAACAAAAGACAAGCCGGACAGGUGAAGUCAAUGAGAGAAAAGUUUCCAGAAAUCCUUGCUAUUGCUUCUAAUCAAGCCCGUGAAGGAGAUUGGGAGAAUAUAGUCACCGCUCACAAGGAAGAACCAUUUGCCAGAACAUGGGACUCUCAAACCAAAAGAGUCGGCCGGUUCCAUUUGAACACUGUUGAUGGAAGUUUUAUUUCUUCUGUGUGCAUGUCCCAUUGUGGAAACUUUGCCUUAGUAGGGUCAGUGAAUGGUGGUAUUGGAAGUUAUAACUUACAAUCAGGAGCCCUUCGUAAGAAGUACAUGUUGCAUAAGAAAGCCGUAACUGGAAUCUGUAUGGAUGGAAUGAACCAAAAGAUGGUGAGUGGUGGAUUAGAUGGUAUUGUGGGAUUCUACAACUUUGGAAAGCUGACGUUCUUGGGCAAAUUGGAUUUGGAAUCUCCAAUCACGAAGAUGGUUUAUCAUAAGGGAUCCGACUUGGUGGCUUGUGUAUUGGAUGACUUGUCGAUAGUGGUAGUUGAUGUUGCUACUCAGAGAGUGGUCAGAAUCCUCUAUGGUCAUACUAAUAGAAUUACUGGAAUGGACUUUUCUCCCGAUGGAAGAUGGAUUGUGUCUGUGGCAUUGGAUGGAACAUUGAGAACAUGGGACUUACCUUCUGGUGGUUGUAUUGAUGGUGUGUUUUUACCUACCGUGGCCACUGGGGUGAAGUUUUCUCCAAUUGGUGAUUUACUUGCUACUACUCAUGUCACUGGUAAUGGGAUCUUCUUGUGGACAAAUAGAGCACAAUUUAGACCCAUUUCCACCAGACAUGUGGAAGAAGAAGAGUUUGCUAAUAUUCUUUUACCUAAUAGUUCCGGAGAUGGAGGGUCAACGUUAAUAGAAGGUGCUCUUGAUGACGAACAGAACGAUAGUCUAGACGAAAAUUCCAUCAGAGACACCGAAACAGAGCAGCUUGAUGGCUCCUUGGUAACGUUGUCUUUGGGACCCAGAUCCAAAUAUAAUACGUUGAUGCACUUGGAUGUCAUUAAGCAAAGAAGUAAACCCAAAGAAGCCCCCAAAAAACCUAAAAAUGCUCCGUUCUUCUUAUCUCUCUCAGGAGACAUUGUUGGAGACACAGCAGUUGAAGAUGAAAACGGACAACGGAAAAUCAAUAAGUUCAGAAAUCCCGAGGCUGUAGAUGCCGAUGGUAUGGAACUCGAAGAUGCCAACAGCAGGUUGUUGAAGUACAAGGCUGAUGGUUCUUCUCAGAACUUCGAGUCCGAAUUCACCAGAUUGUUGAGAGAGGGAUCUCAAACAAAAGACUAUAGCCAGUUUUUGAAGUACGUGGUUGAUUUAGUACCAGCCGCUACCGACAUGGAAAUCAGGUCUCUUAACUCAUUUCCUCCGUUGACUGAAAUGCAAAGCUUUAUCGAUGCCUUAACCCAAGGAGUGGAAACCAACAUGAACUACGAGAUAUAUCAGGCAUUGUUUGCAAUGUUUUUGAAGAAUCAUGGUGAUGUGGUGUACGGCUAUAAUGAUACAGAGUUGAUAGAAGCACUUGAGAAUUUCACGUCUGUCAACCAAACCAAAAAACUUGCACUUGACGAGUUGGCCAAGUAUUGCUCUGGUGUCAUUGAUGUUCUUACCACCAUGUGA